AACAAUCGUGUCUAUUUGUCUCGAUUUGUGGAAUGGUGGUGGAGUAAGGAAAAUAAAGACUUUAGAGAGUGUGUAAAUUUCUAUCAACAGAAUGGUAGAAAAAGUAAAAGAGUUGCUGAGAAGCGUAGGUGCUUCUCACUUGUAUCCUAAGCUCGAGGAAUUGGGUGUGGAUGAAUAUUCCUUCUUCCACUUGACAGCUUCCGAUUUGUCUCUUAUAGGAAUAAAGGACGAACAACAACAGUCUCUAUUGCUGCAGCUCAUUUCGAAACAGAAUACUUCGGCUACUGGUUUGGACAAGUUCGGAUUCUCUCCUCCUCCUCAAUCUUCUUCUUAUACAAAAGAGCCAAAAAAGAACAAGGCUGAUAGAUUUUCUAUGAUGCCCAAUGUCGCUUCCUCAGAAAACAACUUGAACGAUGAUAAAGUUGCGAAAAGAAAUAGUAAACAUAGACACAGUUGUAGUGUACCAACAUGGAAAAUGUGCAUAAAUGAAAUGGAGCAAUUGACUAACACUUCAGAGGAGAAUUCCAGAAUAGUUGUUUGUGUGAGAAAACGACCGAUUAGUAAGAAAGAACGUGCGAAAAAUGAUCCGGAUGUGAUAAGCGCAGUCAAUAAUACACUACAAGUAUUUGAACCCAAGCUGAAAGUCGACUUAACCAAAUAUACUGAGGUACAUGAGUUCUCCUUCGAUAAGAUAUUCAAUGAAGAGUCCAACAAUAUGAUGGUUUAUAAAAAUUGUGCACAACCUCUGGUUUUUGCAUUUUUCAAAGGAUGUAAAGUCACUUGUUUUGCUUAUGGACAAACAGGAGCAGGUAAAACAUAUACUAUGAUGGGAACUAAUGAAGAACCAGGGCUUUAUACUCUGGCGCUCCAAGAUAUUUUUAGGUUAAAGGCAAAGUCGGAAUAUUCUCAUUUGGGCGUUUACAUUAGUUUCUUUGAAAUAUAUGGUGCAAAACUUUUCGAUUUGUUGAAUGGAAGAAGAAGAAUAGAAUGUCGUGAAGAUGCCAAACAACGAGUUAGAAUUAUUGGUUUAGAACAAAGGUUCUGUAGUACUGCUGAAGAUGUGUUGCAAAUAUUGGAAGAAGGAGCUCAAGCUAGAAGUACUGGAAGUACUGGAGCCAAUGCAGAUUCUUCGAGGUCUCAUGCAAUUCUCCAAAUUCAACUGAAAUAUGUGAAUGAUAAAAAGACGAGCAUUGAGGAAGAUCCUGCAUAUACCUUUGGAAAGUUGUCUUUUAUUGAUCUUGCUGGAAGUGAAAGAGCCGCAGAUACUACACACAAUGAUAGGCAGACUAGAAUGGAAGGUGCAGAAAUCAAUAAGAGCUUAUUGGCUCUGAAGGAAUGUAUAAGAGCACUGGACCAGAAUCACCAUCACACUCCAUUUCGUGGAAGUAAGUUAACGUUGGUAUUGAAAGACUCGUUUACGAGUGUGGACUCUCGAACUGUGAUGAUUGCGAAUAUAUCUCCUUCUGCUUCUAAUUGUGAGCAUACAUUGAAUACACUUAGAUAUGCAGACCGUGUCAAAGAGCUAAGAAAGGACUCUUCUGGAAGUAGAAGACAAAGUUGUGUGUUUUCCAAUUCAGCUAGUUCUGUGGAUAGCAAAGAAUAUGAUGAAGAACAAGACGAGUAUAGAAAGGAAGAUGGAAAACCUGAAGACCAUGCUAUUAUAGAAAAGGACGCAGUCACUAGACGAAUUUCCCAACGAAAUGAGCACAUCAAGCAGCAUCGAGAAGCCCAUUCCAAGCAGAAGAGAGAAAUUUCACGUUCAAAAAGUCUCAUUCCUCCUCCUUCCAAGUUAUUAAGAGAAGAUAAGGAAUGUGAGUCUACUGCUUUAGAAGAAAAUGUUAGGCCAAACAGAGAAUCUCGUUUAAGUUUUAUACCUGUUCCUAAACCCAGUAGAACAGAUAGUCGUAGAAAAAGCAUAUCGACUUUUGUUGCUAUUGAUAAUUCCAAAGGCUUGCCAGUAGAAAGAACUAGUGAAGGACUUGUAAGACCUCCCAGUUUGAUACAUUCACAACAUUCUCAGGCAAGUAUGUCAACUGCAUCAAAAUAUUCGCAUCAUUUAGAAGAGCAAAAACAAUAUAAUACGAGGCAACAACAUCAUGCAUCUAGUGGAAUGAUGGAUGUUCUAUCUUAUAGACAAGCAUCUUUUCAAAAGACUUUAUCAGAAGACACGACGGACAUCGAAGAGUCUUUAGUAAUGGCUCAUCGUCAACAUAUUGAUGACACUAUGGAACUGGUCAAACAAGAAAUGGCAUUGUUACAAAUGGUAGAUCAACCCACUUCAUCUUUUGAAGACUAUGUUGACAAGUUGGGUUUACAGUUGGAGAAGAAACUGGCAACUAUCAGAAGGUUACGUGAUAAGUUAUUUGAUUAUCGCAAUGCUAUGAAGUAAAAUGUUUUGAAAAGAUACAUUAGGUUGAAAUAUAUAUAUUCAGUUGUUCUCUUUGGGAUUGGCAGAGACAUGUUUUGUUCUUUUUGAUAUAUUUUCAGAAUCAUGUAUAAAAAUGACUUGUUUUUACCAAUCCCAUUCCUGAUCAAC